GUUUUGGUCGUGGAUUUCGUGGAUUUCUAUUUAUAUAUCUAUUUCGAUUUAUUUUGGAACGGCGUAUUAUAUUCCAUAUAAGCCAUAUACGUAUCUAAAUGUGGGUUAUCUGUGGAUGCUUGCAGAAUAGUUGUUCAAGUGCAGUUUAUUUAAGACAAAGAGUGUGCGACACCGGCCGGUACCGUGAAUGUUGAUGAUAGAAUCAUCAGAAUAAGAAGUCCAAGAAUAUUUAUACAUAUAAAUUGAUAUAAACACAAAUAUGGCCAUUAUGUAAUGGACCAAUGUUGACUCCAGCUUUCAAGCAUUUUUGAUUCACAAACGACACCCAAAGAUGGCCGUGGACAUGCUGGUAUUUCUGACGGCGGCUGCCCAUCUGGUCUACACGCCGUUCACCAAAGUGGAGGAGAGCUUCAACUUGCAGGCCAUGCAUGACAUUUUAUACUUGCGCAGCAAUUUCACGCAGUAUGAUCAUCAUGAGUAUCCUGGCGUGGUGCCCCGCACAUUCAUUGGCCCGCUGGUUGUGUCAAUGCUGUCCGCACCAUUUGUGCUGCUCUUCGAGACCCUGAGACUCAAUAAGUUCUGGGCACAAUAUGUAGUGCGGCUUAUGUUGGCUGGAGCCAUUUCCGUUGCCUGGAACAACCUGCGUCAGGCUGUGACAAAGAUCUAUGGGGUGGAGGUGCGUCUCUGGUUCACGGCCAUAACAAUAACGCAGUUUCAUUUCAUGUUCUACAUGACGCGUCCUCUUCCAAACAUAUUCGCCUUGCCCAUAGUGCUCUAUGCUAUUGCCUUUUGGAUGCGCGACCAGCAGAAGCCAUUCAUUAUCUGCUCUGGCAUAUCCAUACUCGUCUUUCGAUCGGAGCUGGCUCUGUUUUUGGGAAUUUUGCUGGCCAUUAACUUGCUGCAGCGACGACUGUCCAUUGAUAGACUGUUGAAGAUUGCUUUGCCAGCGGGCGUUUGCAUUUUGGCCGCCUCAGUGCUUGUGGACUCGUUCUUCUGGCGACGCCUGUUAUGGCCCGAAGGUGAGGUACUCUGGUACAAUACUGUACAAAAUAAGAGCUCAAACUGGGGCACCUCGCCGUUCCUGUGGUACUUCUACUCGGCCCUGCCCCGGGCAAUGGGAGCAUCGUUGAUUUUUGUACCGAUUGGCUGUGUCUUGGAGCGCAGAAUUCGUCCCUUGGCUCUGUCAGCGCUGGCCUUUGUGCUGCUGUACUCUGUGCUUCCCCACAAGGAGCUUCGCUUCAUCAUAUACGUUUUCCCUGUGCUGAACAUAGCUGCAGCUUGCGCCUGUCAACGCAUUUGGAUGAACAGUGCCAAGUCAACGUGGCAUAGCUGCCUGGCUCUGGGUUCUGCCGGUCAUCUCCUACUGAAUGUUUUUGUGACAGUUUUCCUGCUAGUCAUUUCCGGCACAAACUAUCCAGGCGGGGCAGCCCUGUCUCGCCUGCAUCGCCUAGAGAGCGCCUCCCCAAAUGUGUCCGUGCACAUUGCCAACUUGGCUGCCCAAAGUGGGGUGUCCCGCUUCAUGGAGAUUCGCGAUGAGUGGACCUACAGCAAGGACGAGUCGAUGAAUUACACCCAAGCGGAAAUAGCCAGAUAUACGCAUCUGCUGGUGGAAGCCAAAAACAAACAUAAUACGGAGCUGUGGGCAUCGCUGCAGGAUGACUUCGACACCUUAGAGUUUGUCGAUUGCUUCAACAGCAUAGGCAUACAGUAUAGUUCACUGUUGCCGGUGCGAGUUAAGACAAAGCCUUGCAUCGGAAUCCUCAAGAAAAAGGCAACUACGACGCCGCCAAAGCUAAAAGAGAAAACAAAACCAAAAGUAAAAAAGACAAAAGUGCUAGAGCCUACUCCAGUAGUGGCAGAUCCGCUGCCUAUAGUGGAGAUACCCAAAGAAAUUAAAGUGGCAGAAGCCAAUCAUGACAGGUUUCUCGAAGUGGAUGAUGAUGACGGCCUUGUGGCUACUGUGGAAGAGACCUCGAUGGAGUUCAAUGCUAGCAUUGAUUCUGAGGCUGACGCACCCGAUGCUCCAGUUAAGGAGAUCAAUUUUCAGGAGCUACGCAAUCUGGCACUGGGGCAAGCCUCACGGACAUCGCGAGCGGCCACCAAACUGAAGAUACGCCAGAUAAUCGAACAGCACUAUCGGGCCAAGGGCAAAGAUAUCGAAAACGACUCCUCGGAGCUGCCGCCAAAGACCACAGGUGCCACUGGCGGACGCCCAGGAAUAAGACAGUCUGUAAAAUCUAUAAUUAAGCAGGAAAAAAUCAAAGAAAUGAUUGAGCAGAUUGCAACAAUGGACCUCACGCGCAUCUGCGAUUUGGAAAAGACUUCAACAAAGGACUGUUUAAAGCAGGUAAUAGACAGGAUAGACGAUGAGACAACGAAAACCAAAUGAUCCACGAUAAACGACUGGUCUG